UUGCUUGUUUUGUUUUCUAUCUAUCCGUCAGUAAUUAGAUCAGUACAUAUUUUUUGUUUAUAUACUUUUUGAGGUUUUUGUACAUAUCAGUUCAUAGUUUUGUUUAGACUCUUUUAGUGAAUAUUUGUUUUGAUACUUUAUUUAAUAAAAAAAAUUUACGUAAAAUAAGUUUUUAACAACAAUAAUAAUAAAGAAAUUAAUAUUGUGCGUAUUAUUUGCUUCUUCGCAAUAAAAUAUCACAAUAAUUAAUAAUAAUAAAAGAAAGAGAAGUCAAUGGGGAGGUAUGAUGUAAUUCCUUCUUCUUAGGACAUAGAGAAUGGCGAAAAAUUGCAAAAAGAGAAAGAAGACGAAAACAGAGAACUAAAAAUGCUAAAGACAGAGACUGUUAUUUAUUUAAAAAACUACCUUCUAAUGAGUAUAUUAAAUGGUUAGAAGAACAAGAAGCAAUGGAUCUUUUUUACUAUGAACAAAUUGAAAAACAAAAUGCAGAAGAGAAUAAAAAAUGGUUAGAAGCAGAAAAAAAGGCUUUAGAAAAGUGGAAACAAUUGCAAGAAAAAAAAGAAAUUAUGUUGCAGAAACAAUUAGAGCAAGAGAUUAAACUCAAACUGGAACUUGAAUUGGAAGAAGAAAAAAAGAGACAAGAAAAAGAGAGGUUAAGGCAGAUAGAAGAGGCAAACAAAAGGAAGCAAGAGGUAUUCAUGAAACAUCUUCAAGAAUUUUUGUCUGGAAAUGCUAUUGAACCUCCAACCGAAUUACUAAUCUCACAUGAAACUAGACCAAGUACAGAAUUUUGUCCUUUCUUUACUAAAACUGCCUCGUGUCGUUUUGGGGACCAGUGCUCUAGAAAUCAUCGAUAUCCUGGUAUUAGUAAGGUGCUCCUGGCACCAAACUUCUAUGUCCACUUUGGUUUAAAUAAUGCCAACUAUAAUGAAUAUGAUACAGAUGUAAUGCUGGAAUAUGAAGAUAGUGACACAUACAAGGAAUUUAAAGAUUUCUUUUAUGACGUGUUACCAGAAUUUGAAAAAUUUGGUAGAAUUGUACAAUUCAAGGUUUGCAACAAUUAUGAGAAACAUCUUCGUGGCAACACUUACAUAGAAUUUGCAGAACUGCGAUGUGCGGUAGCUGCAUACCAGUCUUUACAUACACGUUGGUACGGAGGCAAACAGCUCUCUUUGCAGUUCUGUACUAUUGAUUCAUGGAAGAAUGCAAUAUGUGGUCUUCAAUCUAAAAGACGUUGUCCAAAAGGCCGUGCCUGCAAUUUUUUGCAUGUGUUUCGUAAUCCAAACAAUUUGUUCAACAGUUACAACAUUGAACCAAAAGAUAAUUUUGAUCGCAUACAUCUGUCACCACAUCGCUCAUGGAGAUGGUCCGAAUCACCGGAAACCGAUAUCUCAAGAAGAAAUAUUGAUAAAAAAUAUGAUAGAAAAAUUAGUAAAGAUGAAGUUUCCGAAUACCACAAAAAAAAAUCCAGGAGAAAAGAUAGACAUAGAAACUGUAGUCGACGUAAAGAUUAAAACAGAAAUAAAGGCGUAUUUUGUCUUUUUUUUA